AUGAAGACAACAAAAUUGUUUACUGCUGAUGAACUUGAGAAGGCAACAAACAACUACCAUGAGAGUAGAGUCCUUGGAGAAGGCGGUUAUGGAACAGUUUACAAAGGAGUACUACCGGAUGACACAGUGGUUGCCAUAAAGAAGUCGAAAGGUACUGGCGCCCUAACCCAAAGUGAUCAAUUUGUUAACGAGGUGAUUAUCCUUUCUCAAAUCAACCACAAAAAUGUGGUAAAGCUAUUAGGUUGUUGUUUAGAAACAGAAGUGCCUUUACUAGUAUAUGAAUUCAUCACUCAUGGCACUCUUUAUGAGCACAUUCAUAAACGAAGAUCACCACUCCCUUCUGAAUUACGAAUGAAGAUAGCAACUCAAAGCGCAGAAGCACUGUCUCACUUACACUCCUCAAUUUCCACACCAAUCAUACAUCGAGAUGUGAAGACAGCAAAUAUUCUGUUAGAUGAUGAGUAUACGGCGAAAGUGUCAGAUUUUGGAGCUUCCCGACUGGUUCCUUUAGGUCAAAGUGAUAUACAAACUUUAGUGCUCGGGACAUUUGGAUACCUAGACCCUGAAUAUAUGCAAUAA